UGUUGCCAAAGGGAAUGUUUUCGUUUUGCAAAAUCUGACGUUUUGCCUGAUCGCCACAAUUACAUGCGAUUUCUCUCGUGAAUACACACAAAAAUGGAUUGCAAGAAUCCUCUGGAGAAUCUCGAGACAAACCUGGAGAUGUUUAUAGAGAAUGUGCGCCAAAUUCGCAUUAUAGUCAGUGAUUUUCAAGCUCAAGGCCAGAACGUCCUCAAUCAGAAGAUUCAGGGCCUCGUCACGGGACUCCAGGAGAUUGACAAGCUGAAGAGUCAGGUGCAGAAUGUGCACGUUCCUUUCGAGGUUUUCGACUAUAUCGACCAGGGAAAGAAUCCCCAGCUGUACACCAAGGACUGCAUAGAUAAGGCAAGGAGCAAGAAUGAGGAAGUCAAGGGGAAAAUCGACUCGUACAGGAAGUUCAAAGCAAACAUGUUGCUGGAGCUUCAGAAGACCUUCCCCAACGAGAUGAACAAGUACCGCGCCAUCCGUGGAGAUGAAUAAACCUCCCAGCAUCCUCACUGCCCUCACCAUACCUUAUUUUAUUACACACAAAUAUGAAUUAAAGAGAUUUUCAAAAAUUUCCCAAUAAAAA